AUGGUCGAAUUCGAGUCGGGCGCGGGCUCGAGCCGGCGGUUGCCAGGCGGCGUCAAGGACGGCAUCCGUGGUGCCGGGUCGGAUUUUCAGCCGGGCUCUGUGCCCAUCCAGUCUCAACAGGCUGGAGAGUCGCCACCCCCAUCACUGCCCACUCCUUUGAGAGCCCCAUUUGAGCUUGAAACCCCGAUACGGGAUGACACCGGCUAUAUUUCGAAUGACACCCGCGGUCCAUCAUCCAUCAGCCCGCACGAUUGUGCUCCCAUGUCCUCGCGACUGUUAGAUCACGGCCUGAGUGUCCUGGAACUGGAUGAAAUGGGGAUCAGCUCAGCGAUUGGAGAACAGCACGAUUGCAACGUAAAGGCAUCUUUGGAUGAGGCGCUCGCUUCGUGCAUCGGGAUCCGCUCACGGUGCGUAGAGUACGCGCAGGGUACAAAGGAAGGUGGAUGCGAGGAGGACCCAGACGCCACCCCCAAGGCUGAAAAAGCCACCAUGGACUUGCGCCACCAGACCCGACACUCAAUCCACGGCUCUGAAACGACUUCCCCCUCCAUGUCUUCCAUGUGCCUCUCCCCCGCCAGCUCUUGUGUCUCCGAUUCAAGCCCUUCGGAGACGUCUGAUCCAACUGGGUCGGUGCAAAUGUCGGACUCUUGGUCGGAAAAGACGCCCACAAAAAAUGAGAUUCGAUUCAUGGAUGGAGCAUUCGAAGAAGAGAGAGAAGGACAGGACGAAGGAGAGUGUUCGACUACAAUCCGAAUCACCGGCUUUGCGUCGGGUCUUUUCACCUCUUCCUCCGAGUCGGAUUCAGAGGACGAGGCAGACGACGAGAGGGAUGAAACGAGAAAAGAGAACAUCGUGUUUAGUGAUGACGAAUUGAACGAGUGGAGUGAUUCGGAUGUUGAAGAUAGCGGUGACGAGGAGGAAAGUGGUGAGGACGGGGACGAAAGCGGCGAGGAAGAGGGUGGCGAAGAAGAAGGCGACGAGGGUGACGCCGAAACUCGACAACGUCCCCAUCCGCUCCUCGCGCCUCCACUAUUGGCAGAGCCUUGCCGCCCACCAAUCCUUCCAUCUUCGAUCCACAGCAUCUUUGUCGCCGCCUCUUUUCGCUCCGACUCGUCUUCUGACAACGGCGACGGGAGUGAUCGGGACGACCCCGAUGAGGAUGCUGCUCUUUUCCUCCCACAGAGCCCUUGGUUGAUUGAGACACCACCAGUGGCUGCGGCAUCAGCCUUGCCUGAAGAACUGCCGUCACGUUCACCACCCGCACGAAAUUCCCCGCCCCACUCUCAAUCAUCCUCUCCGCCAUCCCAAUCCCCGCCCGCACCACAAGGGUACGAGUGCCCGCCAACACCCCCGACACCGCGGUUCGUCAUGACCGAAGCACCCGCGUUGCCAGUGUACGAGGCCCACCGCCCGAUUCCUAUCCGCUUCCCCGUCUACCCCUGCGCGUACUACGCGUCGCAUUACAUGUCCGUCUCAUACUCUGCGCAAGGCUCCUGGAACUCAAACUCGAAUUUGACGAGUAAUGGCCCUUUGAGCGGGAGAAGAGAAGUGUCAGAGACGGAGAGGUUGGAUGAAGAGUGGGCCAAGAAGGAGGAAGAAAAGCUGAGAGAAGAGGAAGAAGACCAGGGGAGAAUACGAAAGUAUGCGCAAGAGUAUAGCAUCAGGGCGUAUAGGUUGUAA